ACGUGAUGCCACGCUGCUGACGUGUUGGUCGGGAAGGUUGGCUGCAGCUAACGUCUCAUCCAUGGUUUCCACUAACUCUUAGCAUUCAUCGUCCGUCUAAGACCACUGUCCAGUCUGAUUUGGUAUUUUUAUGUGCCCUAAUAACAACGCAGAACGAACCUGGACAACAAUUGUAUGAAGAAGUGUGAGUUACGUUCACAACGACAAUGGGGAAGAGGAGGGUGCCAGAUCUGUAUAGAGCCCCUUUUCCCUUGUACUCUAUUAAAGUGGACCCUAAGACAGGGCUGGUGAUCACCGCAGGGGGAGGCGGGGCUUCCAAAACAGGCAUAAAGAAUGCUGUGCACUUCCUUGAUCUGCGGCUGGUGGGAGAGCACCAGUACAGUGCCAGUCUCCUUCACUCUCAUGAUACCGAGACCCGCGCAACCAUGAACAUGGCCGUAGGCAGCGGUGUAAUCGCUGCAGGACAGGACGGGACCUGCUGCCUGAUGAGCUUCAAACACUGCCCUCAGCGAGAAGGGGACAAAGCGGCAUCUAAAGAUGCAGGGAGCAGCAUGCAGCAGGGCCAUGCCAGGCGACGAGCUGGGAAAGGAGACAAAGGUGGACAGGAUGAAGCUGUGGGAUCUGGAGAUACGUCCGAUCUGAAGGAUGAGACGGCCCAUAUCUCUGUGACUGCUUUGGCUGAGGUGCUGUCAGAUCUGAACCCCCAGGAUCCGCUCCAGAAGGUGGUCCGGUUCAGUCCUGACUUGAGUCUUCUACUGACAGGAGGCACAGACGGUCACAUACGAGUCUGGGAGUUUCCAUCCAUGAAGAAGAAGUUUGACUUCAAAGCACACAAAGGGGAGAUUGAAGACUUGGACAUUAGUCCAGGGAACAAGCACCUGGUGAGUGCUGGCCGGGACUUCUCCUGCAGUGUGUGGAGUGGCAGCCAGCUGGCUAUGGGCCUUAACUGGCUUGAAACCAUGCCUCAGAUAGCUGAGAAGUCUUAUCGCUAUAUGGCUUGCAGGUUUGGAAAGGUAGAAGACCAAAAAGACACCACAAGGCUUUACACAGUUCAGAUCCCUCAUAAACGAGACAGGAAGCCGCCUCCUUGCUACCUCACCAAAUGGAAUGGCCAGAGCUUUCUGCCCAUGCUGACGGCCUCGUGUGGCACUGAAGUCAUCUCCAGUCUGGCUGUCAGUGACUCUGGAACCUUUCUUGGCCUUGGAACUGUGACAGGUUCAGUGGCAAUCUACAUCGCUUUCUCCCUCCAGAAGCUGUAUUACGCACAGGAGUCCCAUGGCAUUGUUGUGACAGACCUAGCCUUCCUACCCGACUCUCUAAAAGGCAAAAACCUCAAAGGGAAGAAUGAAACCGCUAUGUUGAGUGUAGCUGUCGACAGCCGCUGUCAGGUUCAUGCUGUCCCCAACCGACGAUCCUUUUCCAUUUGGCUAGUGCUGUUUCUCUGUGGCCUCGUGGUGAUGGGAGUCGUUCUCCUCCUGCAGUACCUUUUUCCAGGGUUUAUUUAAAUCAUACAAGGUUGGACACAUGACUUACUUUGCAUCAGUUCAGCAUCCUCACCUCUCAGUGCUGCAUCACGACUCCAAGUUGAGCCAGAUGAAGUUCUUCAGGCUGCUGCGCGGACUGACCAGCUGACCUCGUCUUCGUCAGCACUUCCUCAAGGUUGUUCUUCUUAGACCUGUUAACCCAGUGGAGUCAGGAGUGUAGGAUUUCAUUUGUUUUGAUCUCUAUCAAUUAUUUUUAAUAUUUGUUGCAUCCGUAAUGAGUUGAAGAACGUAGGUUUCUGAGUAUGAAGGGUGGUCUUUAGGCAAACAUGUAAAAUAUUGUAAUGAGUGAAAAAUAAUCUCUGGUUUUGUUUUUUGUUUACACUCGAACUGGCUAUUGGCCGCCUCAGUUUUUUCUUUCUUUUGGUAAAGCACUGUCCAUUAUUAACGCUAACCGUGUUAAACAUUGACAGCUUUGUCUUUCGACUUUAACUUUGUUGCUCGAUGUCAACUAUAAUUUUUUUAGUAAUUUUCAAAUUGAUAAUAAUUUCAUAUUAUUUAAUAAAAUAAAAUCCAUAUUACAAGUGAAGUUGCCAUCAGCACAUAAACCGCAAGGUGUGAAUUCAAACGGUUGAUGAAAAUGCCCUUACAGCGAAAGAGGGCAUUCCCUUAGUUUAUGAAGACAUUUGAAUGAUAUAAUCUACUUGAACAUGUUGCCAAUCAGAUGUACAAUGUGUAAAUCCAUAUUAUUAUGACAUGGUAAUAUCAAAUAAGAAAGCUAGCUUUAAAAAAGCGAACUCACAUUGAUACGUUCACAAUCCAAGUUUCUUCGAGGGUAAUUUUUAGAAAACUGCCAUAACUUGAUUUUUUUGGCGACUUGUGAGCAAGAGAAAUAAAUUGUGAAUUGUGAAUUGAA